GGAGUGUGAGGGUGAGGGGAGAAGCCGAGGGAGAUGGCGGAGGGGCCGGAGAGCAUCUCGCCCUCACUGGCCGUGUACAUGGCGGCGGAGGUGGUGGUGGCGGUGGCCUCUGUCCUCGGGAACGCACUGGUGUGUUGGGCGGUGCGGCUGAACCGCGCUCUGCGGGACACCACCUUCUGCUUCGUGGUGUCCUUGGCUCUGGCCGACGUGGCGGUGGGCAGUCUGGUCAUCCCGGUGGCCAUCACCAUCAGCGCGGGGCCGCGCACCGACUUCCACAGCUGUCUCCUGCUGUCCUGCGCUAUGUUGGUGCUCACCCAGAGCUCCAUCCUCGCCCUCCUCGCCAUCGCCGUGGAUCGCUACCUCCACGUCAGGAUCCCCGUCAGUUAUAAGCGCGUUGUGACGCAGAAGCGAGCUGGGGCUGCUGUGAUUUUGUGCUGGACCAUAUCCAUAAUUGUUGGGGUGAUACCAAUGUUUGGAUGGAACAAUUACAAUCAAGUGAUUCACAAUGAAGUAAACUCAAGUCUCAAAAGCAAUAUUAUCGUGUGUCAUUUUGAAACUGUGAUCAGCAUGGACUACAUGGUCUACUUCAACUUCUUUGGUUGGGUGUUACCACCUCUUGUGCUUAUCCUGGUGAUUUAUGUGGAAAUAUUUCAUCUCAUUCGGAAGCAUCUGAACCAAAAGGCAUUAUCAGUCAAUACCACGGACCCAAGCAGGUACUUUGGGAAGGAGUUGAAGCUGGCUAAGUCUCUGGCUCUGGUGCUGUUUUUGUUUGCAAUAUGCUGGCUUCCUCUGCACAUUAUCAACUGUAUUACAUUCUUUUGUCCUUCGUGUAAGAUACCAGUGAUUAUAAUGUACAUUGCCAUCUUUCUAACCCAUGGCAAUUCUGCUGUAAACCCCAUUGUAUAUGCCUUCAGGAUCACAAAGUUUCGACUGACCUUUCUCCAGAUCUGGAGCCAGUACAUUCGAUGCGAUAAGAAUCACAAUCACAACUCAAAUAAUUUAAGCAAAGGAGAAUUACGAGCCAAUAGAGAACAGAAGACUACUCUGUAGUUUACAGUCACCUCUACCCAGAGGUAUUGAUUUGGGUAAAUCAACUCCAAGAUCAUUAUUAAUGCUGUUUUGAUUAUAGGACUCAGAGAGUAAAUAUUAAGAUAAUAAUUGGCGAUGAUAGAAUGAAAAAUCAGAAAUUCUUGAUAAUGGCACAGAAUGCUUUUGGUCUUUUGAAACAGAUGUGGCAAUAUCUCAUGAGCUCUUCAUGUUGUUCUCUCCUGUUUCUUUUUAAAAAAUCUGAACAUCUAACAAUGAAAACAUAAUAAACGUUGCAUUUAAUACAGCAU